AUGGAGUCGAAACUCCAAUCGUUGAAAGUGGCAGAGCUGAAGUCGUUGCUGACUUCGGCUGGACUGGCUGUAUCGGGGAACAAGCCGGAUUUGAUUCAGAGGUUGUUGGAGAAUCCGGGUGCCACUGCAUCGUUGGAUGGAGGAGCUGCGGCUGAGAGCGCACCUGUCGCAGCACCGGCGCCGACAGCAGCAGCACCAGCGCCAGCAGCAGCAGCAGCACCGACGCAAGCAGCAGAACCCACACCAGCACCCGAGGACUCCUACAACACGACCUCUGCAAGCGAAAGCGAAGAAACCCGUCGUCAAGCGCUCAUCGUCGAACUGGAGAAACGCAAAGCUCGCGCAGCCAAGUUCGGUCAACCUCUGGGUGAAGCAGAGCAGAAACUCGAGAGGGCGAUCAAGUUCGGGCUGGAUGCAGAGGACGCAGCUGGCGUGGCGAAGCUUGCACAGCCACUCGGUGCGAAACCUUUGAAAGAGAGGAAGCAGCGGAGCGAGAGGACAGAAGUGAAGAAGGCUCAGGAGAGCGAGGAAGAGAAGCAGGAGAGGUUGAAGAGGGUGGAGGAGGAGAAGGAGAAGGCGAGGAGGAGGGCCGAGAGGUUUGGGUUGAGUGUGGAUGGGGACGGCGAGAAGAAGAGGAAGGCGGAGGGAGGGGCGACGACGAACGGGGAGAAGAAGGUCAAGGCUUAG